GGAUUGGCUGGCUCUGGAGGCGCAGCUCUCACUGUCACGUGGUGUACGUGGUUUUCUUAUCACGUGGCUACCACCCAGGUAAGUAGAGGCCACUCUUCCUGGGUUUGGGGCCCUUUCUCGGCGUUACUUGUGGCCUUUGAUAUUCAACCCUCCUCCGCCAGCUUAGGCUGCAUGAGAGGGGUGCGGGCUCCCGCGAUCCUGCUCGGCGGAGGGUUGCCUGUGGUAUUUGUGGGGAGACACCGAAUUCACCGCCUGUCCCAGGCCGCUCUGCUCCUGUCGCUUCUUUGGAUGCCGGCGCUGCCGCCUGCGGCCUCCCGCCUUCUCUCGCUACCCCGAGCCCUGAUGUCCAUGGCUUCAGGGAGCCCCCCGGCCCAGCCCUCGCCGGCCUCGCAUUCCGGUUAUGUUCCUGGCUCGGUCUCUGCAGCCUUUGUUACCUGCCCCAAUGAGAAGGUCGCCAAGGAGAUCGCCAGGGCUGUGGUGGAGAAGCGCCUGGCAGCCUGUGUCAACCUCAUCCCUCAGAUUACAUCCAUCUAUGAGUGGAAAGGAAAGAUUGAGGAGGACAGUGAGGUGCUGAUGAUGAUUAAAACCCCAAGUUCCUUGGUUCCAGCUUUGACAGAUUUUGUUCGCUCUGUGCACCCAUACGAAGUGGCUGAGGUGAUCUCACUGCCUGUGGAGCAGGGGAACCCCCCAUACCUGCAUUGGGUGCGCCAGGUUACAGAGUCGGCUUCCGACUCCAGCACGGUCCCACCUUGAUGAGCCCUGUUCCCGCGUGUUCCCCUCACGUACUUCAGCGCCCUCUGACUUGCAGAGGAUGACUGGGCCCCUAGUAAAUCCUACCUUUGGUUCCUUCUGCCUUUGCCUUUUCUCGUCACGUCUGUGAAGUUGGUUGGGAAGAUUAAAGUGCUUCUAGUGCCUGUGUUCUCAUCUUUCAGAA